AUGGAUGUGACAGCUGUUCCCGAGAAGCCGCAUGCGCAACAUCUCGAAAAAGUCGAUCUUGAUGAGCGCAGUAGCGGCAGUGAUACUGCGGCUAGCAGGCGCCCACACAUGCACAUCGACCCGGCUGCGGAGAAAAAAAUCAUACGCAAAUGCGACUACCGCGUCGUGCCUCCGUUGACUACUUUGUUCCUACUGGCUUUCCUUGACCGGACGAACAUCGGCAAUGCGCGGAUUCAAGGCUUGACUGAGGAGCUGAACAUGACGGGCAACGACUACAACGUCGCGCUACUGGUCUUCUUCGUGCCGUACAUCCUCUUCGAAAUCCCAUCCAACCUUAUCCUCAAGAGAGUUGCGCCGUCCACCUGGCUGAGCUUGAUCAUGAUCCUAUGGGGAAUCUGCACCAUGGGUCAGGGACUGGUUAAUAACUUCGGGGGUUUAGUCGCCAUGCGCGUCCUCGUCGGGCUCUUCGAAGCCGGCCUCUUCCCAGGCUGCGUGUACAUGUUAGGCAUGUAUUACAAGAGAUACGAACUUCAGUGGCGCCUGUCGCUGUUCUUCUCCGCCAGCAUCCUGGCUGGAGGUUUUGGAGGUCUUCUCGCCUACGCUCUAGCGAAGAUGGAUGGCGUCGGCGGAUAUGGAGGCUGGCGAUGGAUCUUCAUCAUCGAAGGCCUCGCAACCGUGGCCAUCGGUUUCGUUUCGAAAUGGUGGGUGCCAGACUGGCCGGAGACCGCCACCUUCUUGAACGAGGAGGAGCGCGCGAUUCUGACCGCGCGCCUCGCCAACGACCAAGGCGAAUGCCGCAUGGACCGGCUGGACAAGAACGCCCUCAAGCGCAGCUUCGGUGACUGGAAGAUGUAUGUCGCGGUCAUCAUGUACUUCGGCAUUGUGAACAACGGCUACGCCACCUCCUUCUUCAUCCCGACCAUCAUCAAAGAGAUGGGCUACACCAGCUCGCGCGCCCAAGUCCUCUCCAUCCCCAUCUUCGUCGUCGCCACCGUCGUCGCGCUCAUCAUCGCCGUCUGCACCGACAAGCUGCAGCACCGGUACGGCUUCUGCCUGCUCGGCGUCGUCGUCGCCUCGGUCGGCUACGUGCUCCUGCUCUGCCAGGACCACAUCUCCGUCGGCGUCAAGUACUUCGCCCUCUUCGUCAUCGUCAGCGGCGGCUACAUCACCCAGCCCGUCACCCUCACCUGGAUCUCCAACUGCAUGAGCGGCCACUACAAGCGCUCCAUCGCCGCCGCCAUGCAGGUCGGCUUCGGCAACUGCGGCGGCAUCGUCGCCUCCAACAUCUACAUCACCUCCGAGGCCCCGCGCUAUCGGACCGGCUACGGCACGUCUCUGGGGUUGCUGUGGGUUUGCGCCAUCAUGUGUACCGUUUUGUUCUUCGGCGUGACGAGGGAGAACAGGAAGAGGGACCGGGGUGAGCGGGACUAUCGCUUGGAGAACGACACAGACAAGGAUAAUUUGGGCGAUGAUCACCCGCACUUUAGGUUUGCUACAUAG